AUGCAAUAUGAUAAACUUGUGGACGAGUCGGAAAUGCAGUUGCAGGACGCGGCUAGGAAUGUGGCGUUAGCAAAAGCAAUAAGGAAGCUCGGCAAACAGUACCGCGAAGCCAUCAUCAAUGUCCAUAUUUGGGCGAAUUUAAAAUAUUGCGAAAAAAGCCUUAAAAAUCUUCAUUUUAUGCAGUUUCUAAGGCUAGCUCAGUCUUAUGGCGAAAAAGAAACGAAAAAAUUUGCGAAAGGUUAUCCCACCGCAAUAAUUGAGCCCGUUUCAAUAUUCUUAUACCUUUUGGCAGCCCGAUUAACCAUCCCUAUUCCUCCCAUCGGUCAGCAGGUAAUAUUUGCUUCCCCAAUUUCGCAGCCAGGGCUAGCGCUCACAUUAACCAAAUGUUUUAAACCACGGGACAUACCGAGUCCCACCAAUUACAAUCCUAGCGACGCCAAUAUUCCCAAACUUUACUACAUUGGCUUUAUUUGGGAUUUCGAAAAUUUGCAACCUGAAUUUCAAAAUAUAUUGCGGUUGCUCGUUUUCGUUGGAGGCUGGGCUCCCGAAAUCCUUUUUACUGGGAUUAGCAAACAGUGGGGCAGCAACGGCGAAUUAGAAUCUUUGGUUGAAAAAACACCUACACCACAAGAGGUUAAAUUGAACCUAAAGUUUUUAAAGCAAAAAACCUGCGUUUUAUCAGCAGUGGAAAGCCAGACAAUAUAUCUGGUGAACCCUAUCGUUUUUAAGUCCGUGGAAGCGCAUACACCUAACAAGGCCGAAUGGAAACGCCGAGCUAUCGACACUGUCUUUCGUGUGUUCCCAACAGAUUAUUACAUGGAGCCUAUAAACUUUACCCAAAUCGUUCGCGCCAUAACACCCUGCCUCAACCGGGUUCUCUGCUAUUUUUUUAAAGGCACCACCACCGAGCACCCAAAACGUCUCGUUCGAGUUUGCCGGGCUGCGUCCUUGUUCCGCGAUUCCGCAUGGAAGAUUUUUUUAACGAGGAUCGCAUCUCAGGUUGCAACCUCUUUUAAAAACAACCAGCUUGCCGUGGAAAUAGGUUUUCGGCAAGUUUCUCUAUCGAGGUCGACAUACAAGGAAUACUUUUCUGUAGGUCUGGACGCUGGUAUUAAGAGCCUGGAUAUCCGGUGUGCGUAUGGGAACGCCAUUUUCGGCAAGGCCCUACUGUCAGAGGCCAGGGCACGCCUUUUUAAUUGCAAGGGACACCAGUCGGUCGAAAAAGCCCUUUCUAGAUUCCGUUUUUUCACAGGGACCUCGACGUUGGAAAAAUACAUAUUUGUCGAAUCCGAGCUGCUUUUAGCGACAAGCUUACGCCACGAGGGUAAAUUUAAAGAGGCUGGCGAACGUUUUUUUGGUUUGUUUAACAAGGUUUAUCCCAGCAAUUUUAGGAUUUUUUCAGCUUGGAACGAAAUCCAAUGCGAGCUAGGAUUUGUUUCCCAGGCCACCAACUUCCUGGUUUCCGAAUAUUUGUCUUUUCGACUUAAUCCGUUCUCCUCCGGCGGAAAGCGACAUCUUUUGGCAAUUGCAAAUGUUUAUUUUAUGGAAGCAUUGUGGGAGAAAUAUAAAAAUAUAACGGUCAACUUUCGCUCUUUUUCGGCGGCAAAGUCAAUUUUUUCGAGCUUUCGCGAUUUGCCCUGUUCAAAUAUAUCAGCUAAUCACUCACUUUUCGCUGUACUUUCAGGAUUUGGCAUAAUAAAUUUAAUGCGGUUAGAGUGGGUUGCGGCACUGUCCUACUGGAAAGAGGCAGUUAACGUCGCUAAUCAGUGGUUACGUAAUCAUAAAUCUGCGCGGAUGGUUGUUUUGUACGCCCAAAGCGAGAUUUAUUUUCGUUUAGGGGAUACCAAGGCACACAAUCUCGCCACAAAGUCGGGUAAACUCUUUCUGGAACAUGGCCGACAUUACCAAUUUAUUGGUCAUGGAUCCAUUUGGCUGGACGUACUAGGAAAUUAUGCCCAGAAAUGCGGACGACCAAGGAUGGCACCGAUAUUCGAUCAAAACAUUUCCGCUAGCUAA